CAUUACUUUUAUAUCUUCUUUAUUAUUGUUAUUAUUGUUAUAGUAAUAUCUUCCAUUUCUAUAAAUACAUAUAAUAAUUUCACUUGUUUCCCUCUACUUUCCUCUCUGCCUCUUCCUCUGUCGUGAAUUUCAUCUCCGUUGAAUUUUUUUUUGGUUGUGUACCUUAAAUGUCGCCGACCAUGAGGGACCUGCAGCUCACGCAGGUGGCCGGUGGCAGGAGAUCGCCGCCUUCCGAUAACGAUUCCGUCGACAUGGAGGAAGGUACGCGGCUUCUGGAUUCAUACGACGACGGAGAUGAUAAUUCGGGGAGUAUCCAAGAGGGUAUGCGGAGAAUUCAGGUGAGUGUAACGGGGAUGACGUGUGCAGCCUGCUCCAAUUCCGUGGAGGGGGCUUUGAAGAGCAUCAAUGGGGUUUGCAGAGCAUCCGUGGCUUUGUUGCAGAACCGUGCUGACGUUGUUUUUGAUCCUAUUUUGGUUAAGGAUGAAGACAUCAAGAAUGCCAUUGAAGAUGCAGGGUUUGAGGCAGAGAUUCUACCUGAACCCAGCAAUGCUGGAACAAAGCCACGUGGAACACUUGUGGGGCAGUUUACAAUAGGGGGUAUGACCUGUGCGGCCUGUGUCAACUCCAUUGAAGGUAUUUUGAGAAAUCUUCCUGGUGUUAAAAGGGCAGUUGUUGCCUUGGCCACUUCACUGGGGGAAGUUGAGUAUGAUCCUACUGUAAUUAGUAAAGAUGAUAUAGUCAAUGCAAUUGAAGAUGCUGGUUUUGAAGCCUCACUUGUACAGAGUAGUGAGCAGAAUAAAAUCAUACUGGGGGUUGCUGGUGUAAUUAAUGAUUUAGAUCUACAGCUUCUGGAAGGCAUACUUAGCAGCUUGAAAGGGGUCAGACAAUAUCGUUUUGACAGAACUUCUGGAGAACUUGAAGUUCUCUUUGAUCCUGAAGUUGUCAGUUCAAGAUCUUUAGUUGAUGGGAUUGAAGGAGGAAGUGGUGGGAAGUUCAAACUACAUGUCACGAACCCAUAUGCAAGAAUGACUACUAAAGAUGUUGAAGAAACCUCAAAUAUGUUCCAGCUCUUUACUUCCAGUUUGUUUCUCAGUAUUCCUGUCUUUCUAAUUCGAGUAGUUUGUCCCCAUAUACCGUUGUUGGAUGCCUUUUUGCUCUGGAGAUGUGGACCUUUUUUAAUGGGUGAUUGGUUGAAAUGGGCAUUAGUAAGUGUUGUUCAAUUUGUUGUUGGCAAGCGCUUCUACAUUGCAGCUGGCAGAGCUCUUCGAAAUGGUUCAACUAACAUGGAUGUUUUGGUUGCCUUGGGUACUUCAGCAUCUUACUUCUACUCUGUUGGUGCACUUCUAUAUGGUGCGGUAACAGGUUUUUGGUCACCAACGUACUUUGAAACAAGUGCCAUGCUGAUAACAUUUGUACUAUUGGGAAAGUAUUUGGAAUGUCUUGCGAAGGGGAAAACAUCAGAUGCCAUCAAGAAGUUAGUAGAACUUGCACCAGCAACAGCAUUGCUGGUAGUUAAAGACAAAGGUGGAAACAUUAUUGGAGAAAGGGAAAUAGAUGCUUUGUUAAUCCAGCCUGGCGAUACAUUAAAAGUUCUUCCUGGUGCAAAACUUCCAGCAGAUGGUGUUGUUGUAUGGGGUUCAAGUCAUGUAAAUGAGAGCAUGGUAACUGGUGAAGCUGCACCUGUUUUGAAGGAGGUUGAUUCACCAGUUAUUGGGGGAACAAUAAAUUUACAUGGUGCUCUUCACAUAAAAGCUACCAAAGUAGGUUCUGAAGCAGUUUUGAGUCAGAUAAUUAGUUUGGUUGAGACAGCCCAGAUGUCCAAAGCUCCUAUUCAGAAGUUUGCUGAUUUUGUUGCAAGCAUCUUCGUUCCUACUGUUGUUACUUUGGCAUUGUUCACAUUGUUGGGAUGGUAUGUUGGUGGAGUUGUUGGAUCCUACCCAAAGGAGUGGCUACCAGAAAAUGGCAAUUACUUUGUUUUCGCUCUUAUGUUUUCAAUAUCUGUGGUGGUAAUUGCAUGUCCUUGUGCUCUUGGUUUGGCCACUCCAACUGCUGUCAUGGUUGCAACAGGGGUUGGAGCUAAUAAUGGUGUUUUGAUAAAAGGAGGGGAUGCGUUGGAAAGAGCUCAGAAGGUCAAGUAUGUUAUAUUUGAUAAAACUGGCACUUUAACCCAGGGCAAAGCGAAGGUCACAAUUGCUAAAGUUUUCUCAGAGAUGGAUCGUGGAGAGUUCCUUACACUGGUGGCUUCCGCAGAGGCUAGCAGUGAACAUCCAUUGGCGAAAGCAAUAGUGGAAUAUGCUCGCCACUUCCAUUUCUUUGAUGAGAAUUCGCUAACUGAAGAUGCCCAAAAUAGCAGCAAAGGAUCCCUCAUUCCUGCUUGGCUUCUUGAUGUAGCAGAGUUCUCUGCUGUGCCAGGAAGGGGAAUUCAGUGUUUUAUUGAUGGAAAGCGAGUACUGGUUGGUAAUCGGAAGCUGCUAACAGACAGUGGUGUUAGCAUUCCUACUCAAGUAGAAAAUUUUGUAGUGGAAUUGGAAGAAAGUGCCAGGACAGGCAUACUUGCAGCCUACGGUGGUAAUGUGAUUGGAGUUUUGGGAGUGGCAGAUCCAUUGAAGAGAGAAGCUGCUGUGGUUGUGGAAGGCCUAGGGAAAAUGGGUGUCAGACCUGUCAUGGUCACUGGAGAUAAUUGGAGGACAGCUAAGGCUGUUGCUAGGGAGGUGGGCAUCCAAGAUGUGAGGGCAGAGGUAAUGCCGGCUGGAAAAGCCGAUGUUGUACGUUCUUUUCAGAAAGAUGGAAGCGUUGUUGCUAUGGUGGGGGAUGGGAUCAAUGAUUCUCCUGCUCUAGCAGCUGCAGAUGUUGGUAUGGCAAUUGGGGCAGGGACAGAUAUUGCCAUAGAAGCUGCAGACUAUGUUUUGAUGAGAAAUAAUUUAGAAGAUGUAAUCACAGCCAUUGAUCUCUCCAGGAAAACAUUCUCUCGAAUACGAUUGAAUUAUGUUUUUGCCAUGGCGUACAAUGUGAUUGCAAUUCCAAUUGCUGCUGGGCUUUUCUUUCCUUCACUAGGGAUUAAGUUGCCACCAUGGGCAGCUGGUGCCUGCAUGGCUCUUUCUUCUGUAAGCGUGGUGUGCUCUUCUUUGCUACUUCGAAGGUAUAAAAAACCAAGACUUACCACUAUAUUAGAAAUAACUGUAGAGUAGAAAAAAAAUUUAAGAAAACAUUUUCAUUUUCCUGGUCAACUACUUUAGGUUUCUGUUUUAUAGCAAGGAAAUUGAAGGGUGUGAGUGAAUCAUAAAUUUCCCAAUUUUGUGAAUUUUCUUCUUUUCCCCUCGUUUUUAGUCUUAGGGAAUCGGGGAUGCAUUGUCCACCCCAUUAACUGUAAAUUUAAUUGUUGUAUAAUAUAUGAUCAUUGAUGCAUUUGUUCCUCUCAA